CUCAAGGAUGAACUAGGGCUACGAGGUCAGGGAAGAAGAAAGCGUCUCUCAAACCAUGUUCUUGUCAAUUUUGUUUCUGUGGAAGUUCAACCAGCGUUUGAAGUAAGAUGAAUCGGUUUCAAGGGAAGAGAGUACCUCAUAAUCCUACCAUCAAACACUUACAAUCUCUGCCAGCAGGGAUAAAAAGGAAAUGUGGAGUUAGAGAGGAUAGGCAACAAGUUCUUCCUGACAUUGAUCCAAAGUAUAUGAAAAGUGGGAUGUUAAUAAGAUCAUUAGAGGAUCCUGAUGUUUUCAAGAGAGCAGGGUUUAGACGGGUUGCCUGGUUAAGACCUGGUCCAGAUCAGCACGUUGCGAACACAGAUGCUUGUGUUCCUUUAGAUGGAAGUGGGAAAUACGGCAACGGGUAUGCUAUCCGUAACACCCAAGGUAAGAUGCUUAAAAUUGGGUUUGGAGGUGGUGUUAGUGAAGAUAGGAACAUUAUUGAAGGUAGACUAGUACCUCUGGCUGAAAUGUUAGGCAUCGAAAACAUGUUGACGAAGAUUGAUCCAGUGGAAUUUCCAAGACUUCUUGUGUGUUGCGAUAACAACCAAGUGAUAAGGUAUCUCAAAGAUGGAAGGAUGAAUUAAAAGAGUUCUAGAAAUGAUUUGAGGGAAGUUUUGGGGCGCAUCAUGGUAUUAAAGGCUCAAAAGUACCCAGGUGAUGAAAGUUUGGUGUUUAUGCCGGUGUUCCGUGAAGGGAAUUUCUUAGCCGACUGGUGCUCCACUCUUGGUUUGAAGUCAGGGAAGUACAAGGACUUUGUCAUUGGGCAGGAGGGGUUUGAUGAGAUGAAGAAUGAAAAAACAGUCAGGUAUUUUAGGAAAAGGGACGCAAAAGGAAAGAAUUAUAUCCGUGACGUUAAAGGAAAGCAGGACAACAAUGCCAUCAAGAAGCAGAAGCCUAAAGGAAAGCAUGAAAACAUUGCCAACAAGAAACAGAAGCCUAAAGCAAAGCAUGGCAACAAUUUCAACAAGAAGCGGAAAAUUUACUAAGGUCAAGGAGCUAGUUUUAUGGGAGUAUUGCCAAUUCACAGGACACGGAGUUUGGAUGUUUGGUUCAUCGGGUUUUUAAGAAGCCAAGCACUUAUGACUGAUCUGGUUACAUAAGUAGAUUAAUUUUGGGGGUAACAUGGAUAUUAGAAUUGAUAGUAGCGUUGAAGUUAGAAGUGGUGACAUGACCUGUAAAUUGAAUAGUGUUGGUGAAAGGUGUAGAAAUGGCUAGAACACCUGAAGAUUGUUACUCUUUUUUGUUCUAAAUCAAUGCUUAGCUUAACUGUAACCAUCUGCUGCACAUUGUGACUUCGACAACCUUUGCAAGAGAUCAUUGUAUAUUUCCC